AAUAUAAAUUAAACUUUCCUUAAUUUUUUUGCACCAACGCAAGAUUUAGUCAUUAAGCAAAGACUUUGAAUUGCACUACGGAGUACCAAUUUACCAAACAAGCACAUUUGGUAGGGGUGUUGCAAAGAAUAAAAAUCAUUAAUUAAAUUGGCUAUUAAAGUAGCUAGCUAAUGGAGUGGGGAGAUAUAUGGGCUGGACGGUGGGACUUGAUGGCUAGAUAAUGGGACAAGAGUAUGUAUCCAAUGCUUCCCAAAAUACUUUGGUUUAAAUAUCAAUCGAGCAUUAUUGAGACCUUUUUUCUUUUUAAUUAUUAAUAUUAAUUGAGAUGAUUUUAACAAGGAUUCAAAAAUUGAUUAUAUUUUUUCUUAUGGCCAAUCACUAACAUGAGUUGAAGUAGAGUAGGUGAAUAUUGUACAAAAUCAAAUUGUUUCACUAACAAAAAAAAAAAAAAAAAAAAAAAAAAAAAAGAAAAAUAGAAGACGAAGAAGGAGGGAGUAUAUUAAACAAAAUCAACUUUAUAUUCUCCAUCACCAACUACAGUAGUUAGCAUUGUCACCGCUCCCUUAUUCAAGCUUAGCAUACCUUUCAUAUCAAUUAACACAUUUUAAUUUUAACUCUAUUCAUAUUCGUAGUAUUUUUUGUGACUUACAUAUUAGAGAAGAUCAUGAUUAUGUGAAGUUUUGUUAGAUAUGGAAUACAUCUAAUCGAAGAGAUUACUAUUUAAAUCAUAAAUUUGCAAACGUGUCUAGAUAAUUCAACUAAAAUGAAAAUGAAAUUCCGUAUGCCAAUAAUAAAAUAAAAAAAAUCGAACCAAUGCAUGACGUGGACCAACCAAGCCCGCUAAUUCGUCAAUUAUUUUUUAAAUAGUUUGAUACUUUGACUACAUUAUACUAUAACUACUCCCCACAAAACCACCCACUCAUGUCCAUGGCCCGUCUAGACGCUCAUUCACUCUUCCGUUUCCUACACUUUCCUUCCGCCUUCACCACCAUCACAACCCACCGUUACCUCCGCCUCCACGUCACCCAAUCCGACGUGUCAUCUUCAACCCAAAUUUCAGAAAAUGGGGCCCCACAAACAGUUCAAGUCCACCCGUCUCUCGAAGUCAUCGGAGGAGGUCGGGACAAGUAUUUAUCCGCUUUGAAGAAGAAUCUGGAGCACCCUUAUAACCCGUUUCCGAUUAUCGGAUCGAAUCGACACGUGGAAACUAUUUUUGCGGCGUUUUACCGGUCGUUACCGGAUGUUAAGUUCUGGCGUGAGUGUUUAAGGACUAAAGAUGACGGUGCUGUUGCUCUUGAUUGGGUUGCCGGUGAUCAUCGAAAGCUUCCUCCUCUCUCUCCUGUUCUCAUUUUGCUACCAGGUCUUACCGGAGGAAGUGAUGAUACUUAUGUAAGACACAUGUUGAUUAGGGCCAGGAAGCUGGGUUGGCGAGUGGUUGUCUUUAACAGCCGUGGCUGUGGUAAUAGCCCCGUUACUACUCCUCAGUUUUAUUCAGCAUCAUUCACUGGGGAUCUUACUGAAGUGAUCGCACACGUCAGUGGUAGAUAUCCGGAAGCCAAGUUAUAUGCUGUCGGCUGGUCUCUUGGAGCUAAUAUACUUGUGUGUUACUUGGGUCAGGAAUCACAUAAAUGCACCCUUUCUGGAGCUGUGAGCCUGUGUAACCCUUUCAAUCUACCAAUUGCAGAUGAGGACUUCCACAAAGGCUUUAAUAAUAUUUAUGACAAAGCAUUAGCAAGUAGCCUUAGAAGAAUAUUCAAGAAGCAUGCAGCUCUCUUUGAAGACAUUGGUGGGGAGUAUAACAUACCAAUGGUUGCAUAUGCGAAGACUGUAAGGGAGUUUGAUGAAGGACUGACACGAGUAUCUUUUGGGUUCAAGUCAGCUGAUGACUACUACUUUCAUUCAAGCAGUGCAGAUUCAAUUAAGGAUGUUUGUACACCAUUGCUAUGCAUUCAGGCUGCAAAUGAUCCCAUUGCUCCAGCCAGGGGUAUUCCUCGCAAAGACAUCGAGGAAAAUCAGAACUGUCUGUUGAUUGUUACACCGAAUGGUGGUCAUUUGGGGUGGGUUGCUGGUAAUGAAGCUCCAUUUGGAGCACCAUGGACGGAUCCAUGUGUGAUAGACUUUUUGCAACAUCUUGAUAGGAGAUUGUCUGAAACCUCAUCGUCACCUAGCCAAUUGAAUGAGGCCCCAAUGUGUACCGAGGGUGGUUUGGUAGCAGCCGAGGUAUAGCUGGCAAUUAAAUGAUUGCUGUUUCUGUGAAGAUUGUUAGCAUUUAGCAAUGCAAACAUACCUUCUGUAAAAUCAAAUUGCUCAAUUCUUUCUGAUAUACCCAAAAUUCUGUAGAUAGUUCGAUUCCUUCACUAGACUUCCUUUUAGGAAGCUCGAGGCAUGAUUUAUUGGCUGAUAAGAAUCCAGCAACCAUUGUGUAUUCCUUCCUUGCUUAAUUGCAAAUGACCCAAAUGUAAUAUUAUUUCGGAAAUGUAUUGAAGUUUGCAUUACAAUAUGACUACACGGAAUAAUCAAAUUUGGUUUAUGUAGCCGACCCCAUUUAUGAGAUUAAGAUUUUGAUUGAUUGAUUG